UGUGUGUGAGGCGGCGUCAUUAACGCUCACUCACUGGAAGAUUUCUGGAUUUGUUUAACGACUUCCAUGAGGCGCCCGGACGCACCGAUGGAGGAUUCUGGCCGCUUUUUAGAAUCACGGAUAUCUGCGAGACUGCAGCGGUCGGUGUGUGAUGCGAACUGAGCCGUGGGUGGUGUAGACCCCCUCGCCGCACCCCACACACCCCUACCGCCUUAUCAGCGAACCCGCCAUCCCUCCCUCCAUCCGGGACGCACAGCUUGGUUUCACUCCACCGGGGGAACAUGUCCCGGGCAGCGGCUAUCGCCAGCUCCCUGAUCCGCCAGAAGCGGCAGGCGAGGGAGCGGGAGAAGGCGAACGCUUGCCGCGGCAGCGGCAGCCCGAGCAACAGCAAAGGCACAAACGAGAAGCCAAGCAAGCUGAACGUGUUCUCGCGUGUCAAAUUGUUUGGAUCGAGGAAGAAACGGAAGAGAAGGCGACCACCAGAGCCCCAGUUAAAGGGCAUUGUGACCAGGCUUUCCAGUCGCCAGGGCUUCCAGCUUCAGAUGCAGCCUGAUGGCACCAUCGAUGGAACCAAGGAAGAAGACAGCACCUAUGCUGUGUUUAACCUGAUCCCAGUGGGGCUUCGUGUGGUGGCCAUCCAGGGUGUCCAGACCAAACUCUAUCUGGCAAUGAACAACGAAGGCUUUCUCUACACCUCUGAGCAUUUUACCCCGGAGUGUAAGUUCAAAGAGUCAGUGUUUGAGAACUACUACGUCACCUACUCCUCCAUGUUGUACCGGCAGCAGGCCUCAGGUCGGGCCUGGUACCUGGGACUUAACAAGGAGGGUGGAAUCAUGAAGGGGAACCACGUCAAGAAGAACAAGGCCGCUGCACACUUCAUACCGAAACCACUCAAAGUGGCCAUGUAUAGGGAGCCAUCCCUCCAUGACCUGACAGAACUCUCACGGUCAGGCAGCGGCACGCCGACCAAGAGUCGCAGCGCCUCAGCCCUACUUAACGGUGGAGGAAAGUCGCCCAGCAACAAUGACUUAUCCUAGCCCCCCACCCCACACACAUCACACACACAUGCACACUUGCGCAUGCACACAGAUACACAAACACACACACACACACACACACACACACACACACACACACGGAUCUCAGGCCGACAUGCCCACACAUCAAGCUGGUGAGGGGUAGGAGAGGGGAGUUGAAAAUGAAGGAGGACAGGAAAGUGUUCUUCCACUUAACGGAGCCCACUGUGACUGACUGUGAUGUAAAUAAAUCAAGGACAAUCAACCCGUCUGGCUCCACUGCUCUGGUCUGCAGAGGGACAGGACCUGUGAAUCUCUUCCUUUGACUACUCUUCAUUGUCACUGUAUCAUACCUAGAGAGAACAAAGGAGGGAAGGAGAAAAAGAAA